CAAGCUUCAAAACAAACUAUGACCUGUGGACUGUGGUAUAGAAAGUUUUUAAACAUUAAACUAAAUUGUAUUCGUGGCAGAAUUGCAAAAAUGGAUAUUAUUUAUCAUAAUAUUUCAUAGGCUAAUCUACAAAAUAUAACUAAAAUAAGUCCUAUAUUUAUUUAUACAAUAAACAAAACGUAUAUAAGAUGAGAGUCAAAACAAUACCCAAAGUUUUCUUUGGGUGUUGCGUUAGUUCUUUUUUAAUGGAAAUUAUGAUGGCAAAGAGUCCAAAUUGUGCAAAUCUAGUAACAUUCCUACAAUUUCUAUGUAUAACACUACAAGGGCUGUUUACGAUAAAACAAAAUGUGUUAACACCAAAUAUACCGUUGAAACAAUAUUUAUUGCUAAUUAGUUUAUUUUUUAUUACAAGUGUUGCAAACAACUAUGUGUAUGCUUUGCAUGUGCCUUCUACACUUCAUAUGAUCAUCAGAUCAGCAUCAUCACCAGCUAGUAUGUUCGUCUCUUGGUUUAUCAAAAAGAGAGUGCCAAAACUUAACUCUAUACUUGGAUCAAUAAUAAUCUCAAUUGGUGUGGCAAUAGCUAUGUAUGGAGGUGCAUCAAUAGUGGAGGAGACAAGGGAGUUUUUACCCUGGUGUAUUGGUGUUUUUAUAUUACUGGCAACAUUGUUUACUGGUGCUCUCACUGGCCUGCAGCAGGAAAUGCUGUAUGCUAAGUAUGGAAAAUAUCCUGAAGAGAUGCUUUUCUACACACAUGCAAUACCACUGCCAUUAUUCCUUGGGAUUCUGCCACAGCUACAUUCCACAAUUCUGAAUCUUCCAAUAAACCUUUGGUUUGUUCUAGUUUUAAAUAUACUUUCUCAGUUUUAUUGUUCUCAUUCCGUCCAUGAAUUAGCAACUAAAGAAACUUCUGUUACCGUAACAUUUAUCUUAACUGUGAGGAAAUUCGUUUCCCUGUUAAUUUCCUCAAUAGUUUUUAAAAACAGUUUGACUGUUUAUCAUGUUGUGGGGACAAUAUUUGUUGUUGUGGGAACUUAUUUCUAUUUCGACUUCUUUGAGCGAAAAAAACAGGAACCUGUUAGUUUUAAGAAGAAUUGAUGCAUUCCAAGACUUGAUAUUAAAUAUCAUCAAUAUAUUUUAUUUAUAUUGUAAGUAAUUGUUGCAAUUUCUCGAAUUUUAUUUACAUACAGAAAUAUAAGUAUUAUUAUUUUUUUAAAUUAUAUUUAAUUAUAGCAUAUUUAUAUUAGUCAGUUUAAAAUUGUUUAAGGUUAACACUUCUACAGUACUGAAAUAAAAUUUGUAAUGUGUCAUAAACUUUAUUAUUUCAAUAAAAAAAUAUAUUUAAUCUUAUGACCAUGUUUGGUUGUGAACUGAAAUGUGGAGGUAAAUAAAACAAUUAAUUAAAA